UUUAAAAUCUUUUUCUUUUCACUUUUUUGGUUUUCAUCAUUUCCUUUCAUUGCUUUAUUAUUUUUAUCCCCCCAUCAAUUCCUUCCCAGGCAAUUUCUAUCAAAUCUUUUUCUUUCUCGAUUUAAAAAAUCUUUUUUUAUUUCUUUCCUCUUUUAGUUUCUUCCCUUCUCGGGCCAAAUAUUCUCGAGGGCGGUUAAAGGCGCACAACACAUGGCGUUAUUACUGCCUAUGGCAAUAAGAAAAUUCUUCUUUAGGAGAAAAGUAGAAAGGAAAUUGGUUCACAAGAAGCGAUCGAAAAUGGGCGGAUAAUAAAUAUAUAUAAAGUUAUUUAGAUGGGAAAAUGAAGAAAUUUAAAAAAAAGUUUUUAACAGGAAAUUAGUAAAAAUAAGGGAAGCCUGUUUUCGAGCUGAUUAGACUGAAAACACCCUUGGGGACUAUAAUGAAGGGAGUGUAAAAACUGUUUGUAACUUUGUCCAAUUAAAUAAGAAUACGUUGAUUUUUGUUUCUCUUUCAAUUAAGCUAUCAAUUAUACAAUUUCUUGAAAUUAUUAUAGAUCCUUGUUUUUUAUCUUUUGCUUAUUUCUUAAUAAACCUUUCGUCAUACCUCAAUACUCCAUAAGUUAUCCAUUUAGAUUCAUAAGUCUUCAUUUUAUCCGAAAAUCGUAUCUGUACUUGUUAUUCUCAAUAUCUUCCUUUUUAUUUUACAACAAAGUAAAGACCGAAACAGAAUUCUUUUUUUUCCUUCCCCCAAAAAAUAUCCCAAUUUCGGUGAAGAAGAAAAAAAGAAAAUAAAAAAUAAAAUAUAUUAAUUCCUUUACUGCCUGAAUUGGCCAUUCAUCUUCUCUCAUUUGGCCAUUCAUUUACCAAAAAACUUUUUUUACAGGCCAAAUGUCCCAGCUGUAAUCCUUUUUCUAUAUUCCAUCACUUUCUCCCUUAUGUCGCUUCAUCGCGCUUUUGCUUAUUUUUUAGCCUUUGGCGGGGGCAUUGAUUCUCUUUUAAUUUUAUUAGGGUUGUCGAUUCUUGGAAAAUUUACGGAUAUCCGGAGAUUAUUUUUCUUGAAAGUAUAUAUUCAUUUUCUUUGUUAUUUUUCAGAUAAAUUAAAAAAUGAGAGUAAAAGAGGAGCCAAAACAAGAAACGAAUUCAGGAAAUAAAUCACCAAUUAAUGAAGAAUGUUCUUCUUCUUCUUUUGAUCCAAAUACUAAAAAUCACCAAAAACAAUUUAUUUUACAAUCAGAAUUCGAGAAAAUGUUGGAACAAUUAACUAAACAAAAUAAUGAAGAAGAAGAAAAUAUUGAAAAUGGAAAUGAUGAAGAGGAGGAAGAAGAAGAUGAAGAAGAGGAUGAUGGGGAGGAAGAGGAGGAGGAAGAACUGAAGGUGGGUAAUAUUGAGUAAAUAAUAAAUAAAUAAAUGAGUGAUUAAAAACUGAUCAAAAAAUUCGAAAAAUAAUUAUUUCUGUCCCUAAUUGAAAGCCUUAGAAUCUCUCCAAUUUUCUUUCCUUUUCUGUCCUAAGGAAUUCCUUAUAUUAAAGUUUGUUAUAAAUUGUUUCCUCAAUUAAAUUUUUACCAAAAAAUUAUUUAAAAAAAUAUUUCACCAAUCUCUUUCCCUCUUUCUUUAUUUAAUUUACAGUAAUUUUAUAACCACAAUUCUUUAUUUCCUUUUUCAUUCCUUUCCUUACCGCGAAAAUUUAUUCCUUUUAAUUUAUGCGUGCUUUGGGAGGUUUUUAUUUAAAAUUAAA